GUAGGCACAGGCAGAUGUUUUGCUAGAUUCAGAACAGCAUAGUGCCCUAAUAAACUUUCUAGUUGUCAGAAGCCGCCUCAUUUUGAUACAGGAGACCGACUCAGCUACUCCUCUCGAAAUUGCUGAUCCCAGGCCUAGGAGACUUCUAGAAUCAUGGAGACCCCAUUGUCUAUCUGCUUCCUUUCAAUCUUCAUUGUUACAGGGGCUUCUCUGGAGUGCGAGACUUGUCUAGGCGUUGGGGAAACCUGCAAUGGACCUAUGGUAACGUGCUCUCCUGGUUUAGACAUGUGUGCUGUUUCUCUGUCGGAGGUCAGAAUGGGAACGCAUUCACAGUCCUCCAUUGUGAAAGAAUGUGUGCCAUUCAAAUCCUGCAAUGAUGGCACCACCACCAUCAAUUUUGGCAAGACAGGAGCAAUACUGAGCCAAGUGUUUUGCUGCGUUGGAACCAAGUGCAAGACAAUGACCCCCACCUUGACACACACAAGAAGCAAACCAAACGGGAAGGUUUGCCCAGCCUGCUAUGCUAUCAACAGUGAAUGUGGGCAGGAAGAGGCUCAAUGUAAUGGAGAAGAGAACUAUUGCCUUGAUGUUUCUGGAACUGCAGAAACAGGAGCAUUAUCUGUCAAGACUAUCAUGAAGGGCUGUACGAACUCCGCAACCUGUGAGGGACUGAAAGAACAUUCCGGCUCUAUAUCUGGGAUGACUAUUACUGCCUCAAGUGGUUGCAAGCCAGCUGCCGGCUCUGGAGGACACAGGAUCGUUCCAGGAUCAUUUGGACUCUUCCUUGCAGUCCUUGCCGGGCUCCAGUUUGUGAUGCACCUCUCAAAAUUUUCAGUCCCAGGCCAGGAGACCGCUGGAAUCAUGGAGACCCCACUGCCUAUCUUCCUCCUUUCAGUUUUCAUCACUACAGGGGCCUCUCUGGAGUGUGAGAUUUGUGAGGGCCUUGGGCACUCUUGCAGUGGGCCUACGAACAAAUGCCCCCCUGGUUUCGACAGAUGUGCCAUUAUGCUGUCAGAGACUACAGUGGGAAUAAAGUUGAAGGCCAUUGUGAAGAGUUGUGUGCCAUCCAGUGCCUGCAACCAUGGCGUCAACGUCAUCAAUAUGGGCCAGACAGGAAGAGUAGAGACCCAAGUUUUCUGCUGUGUAGGGGAUGAGUGCAGGACGAUGACACCUACCUUGAUGCCUGCAAAGCCAAAGCCAAAUGGCAAAGUUUGCCCGGCCUGCUAUGCUCUGCACAGUCUUGAGUGUGAGGAGGAGGAAGAGGUCAAAUGUUCUGGGGAUGAAAACUAUUGCCUUGACUUGUCUGGGACUACAACUGCAGAAGCCUUAGUUGUUACGACCAUCAUGAAGGGCUGUACGAACUCCGCAACCUGUCAGGAACUGAACGAGCAUUCCGGCUCUUUCUCUGGGAUCAGUGUUGUCGCCUUCAGCAAUUGCAAGCCAGCUAACAGCUCCAGAGGCCACAGGGUCCUUCCAGGAUCAUUGGGACUAUUUUUCGCAACCCUUGCCGGGCUCUUGUCUGUGAUGCAACUUCCAUGAUUUUGCCCCCUGGGACAGAGGCUGUGCUGUCGUGAACCUUGCUUGGGGCUCUUGGAACCUAUGCAGGCUAUAGGCUUUUCAGAGAAGACAGAACCUUCAGCCUACACUAGGGGUGGGGAGCCACACCUGCAAGGACCAAAUGUCUCCUCUCUCUAUAUCAGCCCCGGGACUCCCCCCAGGUCACAUCCUUCGCCAACUGUGCUUUGCAACCUUCUCUUCUCUUCUCUUCUCUUUUUAUUAAAGAUUUUCUUGGGUUACAGAAGUA